AUGGAGAACUUUCUUCGCUAUAAAGAAUAUUGGCAAGAAGUUGAGUCUGGAAUUUCCGCUGUAGCAAAUGACGUUGAUUACUCGAAUGAAGUGAAGAAGGAGUAUGAAUGUCGCAAGAACAAUGAAGGAAAGAAAUCACAAGCUCAUUUUGCUGAAACUUCUGAACCGCUGCUUCUCUCGAUGAGACAGACUGAGCUGUUUCAUGAUCUCGACGACUUCGAGCAGGUGAUGUGUGUGAACGUCAAAGGUGUCACAUUAGGCAUAAAGCACACGACGACGCCUAUGAAGAUACCCAGAGCUACCGGCUGCAUAAUCACGACUACUAGCGUGGCAGGCGUUUCAGGAGGAAUGGGUCCACACGCCUACACAACAUCCAAACAUGCCAUUGUCGGCCUCACUAAGAACACUGCCUGCGAACUUGGCCGCUAUGGUAUACGUGUCAACUGCAUUUCGCCAUUCAGAGUUGCCACGACGAUGCUCGUGAACGCGUGGAGGGAUGACGAAAACGAGUGCAUGAACUUCGGGAUUCCGUCGCCAGCUGAGGUGGACCAAAUGGAGGAGUUCGUUACGGGUUUGACCAAUCUUAAGGACCCCACAAUGAGGUGUGAAAGAGAAGUGGAAGGAGACUUAAGGUUGCCGGAUCUUGAGGGGAGGGACGACAAAAAAACGAAGACGGAAGGCCUCAGGAAGAGAGAGAAAAUAGAAGAAGCAAACUGCGAGUGUCAGGUGAGGAAGAAGAAAUCCAUCGAGCUUUGA